CCGUGUGAUCACUGUUCGGUACUCACCUUCUCCUCAAGUCCCAUCUUUCUGCGAGAUGCUUGCGAUCUUUAGUUUCAGCACCGGCGCAUUUUAGAAACGGAACCUCGAAGAACAAGUUCCUGGCCGCAGCGAGAUGGACCACGAAUCAAAUGAAGAACAAACCCUAGCAUCAAAUUUACAAUCUCUCUCGUUCUCAGAUCCCUUAUCCAACCAAUUCAACUCCUUGAACGAUCUCUGCUACGAAAUCUCAUCUCUGCAAGACCUAGCUUCUCGAGGCUCAUGGCUAUCGAUCCUCGACAAGGUUGCUCGAGCACGAAAACUCUCUCUCCUUCGAAAACCCCACGAACAUUUGAUCUAUCUCUCUUAUAACGUUCUAGCGCUGACAAAGCUUCGUCAAUACGGAGAUGCGGCGGAAGAACUCGAUUCUCUUGAAGACUUCGACAGCGCUCAAUACAAGUACGAAUCCUAUCCCGAUCAUUAUCCGAAUCGAUCUGGUUCGAUGGUUCCUUUUGCGCUUCGAUGGCUUCACGCAGAGAUCCCUCACAAGUUAGGUAAGCGACAAGAAACCCUAGAUAGAUUGUACACUCUGCUUGAUUUCGUACGGACGAAAUUGAAGGAGAGGGAAUCAAAAUCCAUCGACGUUUGUUUUGAUCGGUGGAAGAAAAAGGAAGCCUUUCUGAUCAAUGCAAUUUCCUGUCAUCAUUUGAGUUAUAAAGAGUUCGGCGUGUGCUUGACAUUGCUCCAGAGUCUACUCAACGUUGAUUCACUGGAUCCAGUAUUGUUAUCGAAGCUGGGUUAUAUACAGAUGCAGCUUGGAGAUCUAGAUGGAUCUAAAGCGUCGUUCAAUCGAGUUGAAAGCUUGAUGAAGGAAGGUAAUUCCGGGGCGUUAUUGGAUGAAGUGGAGUUUAAGAAUCUGAUUUGUCGGAAUAAGGCUAUGAUUUAUUUGGUGGGGAAGGAUUAUAUAUCAGCUGUGAGAGAGUAUGAUAAAUGCAUUGAGAGAGACCCGACCGAUGUGGUGGCAACAAAUAACAAGGCACUGUGCUUGAUGUAUUCGAGGGAUCUUUCAGAUUCGAUCAAGGUCUUAGAAAGUGCAUUGGAGAGGGUUCCGACGGUGGCUCUCAAUGAGACAUUGGUGGUAAAUUUGUGUAGCAUGUAUGAAUUGGCUUAUGUUAACCAUGGUGACAUCAAGAAGACGCUCAGUAAUUGGAUUGCUCGAGUUGCUCCUGAUGAUUUUGAUUCAUCUUGUACUCGAAUUUAAGUGGCUUUAUCCCCAUUGC